AUGGCCGCGAAGCGGCGAAGACGGGGCGACUACACUGAGCAGGAGAUCCGCGCGGAAAAUCGCGAAUGGGUUCGGCAUCUUAUGCAGCUGGCGAACAUCGACUCCAACAAGAAAGGCGGCUCCAAGGUCUUCGGCGCCGCGAGGAAGCUGGCGGCGGAGUGCUGCCCGGAAGAGUUCCGGGAACGGGUGCAGAAGCUGCCGUUCAAGGCCAACACCCGGACUGUCCACGCUGUCGCGUGCGACGAGAUCAUCAGAGAGGUCCAAGGCCCGCAAGAGGCGGCGCGAGAGGCGGAGGCGGCGGAGGCGGCGGAGGAGGAGCCGCGGCUGCGGCAGAGGAAGAAGGCGCCUCCUAGGGCACCCGCGCGGCCAGAGGCGGCGCCGCCCGAGCGGCCGCGGCAAGGCCUGCAGCGCUACUUCGCCGGGACGCUGGCGAUGCAGGAGCGUCCGCCUGAAAGGCGAAGAGUGCUCCGCAAGCCUCAGCUGGGCCAGGAGGACCCCAAGGGUCAUUACAAGGCGCUUCAGCUGACCCGCGACGCCAGCAUCGCAGAGGUCCACAAAGCUUACCGUCGGCGCGCUCUUGAAACCCACCCAGACAAGGGCGGCUCGGAGCAGGCCUUCCGCCUGGUGCGGGAGGCCUUUGAGCUGCUCAGCGACGUGGCCAAGCGGAGGGCGUACGAUGGCAGCGGUGGGGAGGUCUCGGGGGACUUCGAGGAAGAGUCGGACGGGGCCAAGUCAGUGCUGGCGGCGCUGCUCAUGAACCUCCUUGACAAGGAGGUCGUCUCCUUUUUGGAGGUGCCGGUUCUGGAGAAUGUCCGCUUGCUGCUGAAGCAGAUGGUGGAACGCUCCUCAGAAUCUGGUUCGAGGGCGAGCGCAGCCCAAACUCCGCGCGGGACAGGGCUGGUGCGCCGCGCAAACGGCGAGUACGACGUGAAGGUGAGCUGGGCCUGCUUCUCCAUUCAAGCCUUGCGGAUUGGAGACCUCCAAACGGCCUGCACCCUGCAGAGCGCGUUUGCGAAGGCACGGGAACGAGCGCGGCAGCGCAUCAACAAGGAGGUUGAUGAGGCUGCGGCGCCUCCUUUGACUGUGGAGGAGCUGUGUGUCUUCGAGGAGUAUGAGUACUCCUUGGCUUUCUCUACACAAACGCACAGCCUGACUUUGGACCCUUUGGUGGGGGUCUGUGGGGGUCGGUCGCCGGAAAGCUGA